GCAUAUCAAAUCCACAAGCACUUUGGCAUUUUGGCGCACACAAAAAAGCAGCACAAUUAACAAUUCUUGAAUCAAAAGUUUAACAAUUAAAAUGCUGUCCAACCUGGUGGUGACCAAACAGAAGGUCGUCCUCGUAAUAGAUGAGCUAAAUCGGGAGCGCAUUGCCCCCAAGUUCAUCGGCAGUUUGCUGCACGAGCAGGGACAGGGGGCGGACACUAUCAAGGCAAUGCCAGCCGGUAUUCACCUGAAGCACGUGGCCAGCUUUGACGCCUUGGUCACCGAGUGCGCCAACUACAACAACAUCAACAAUAACAACAACAGCAGCAUUCAGUCGGUGGAAGCGGGAGACUUGGAUGCCUCGGCCUCCAAGACCUCUGGCUACAAUGUCAUCCUGCCAACGCUUGCCGAUCUGCUGUGCUACCAGUCGCCCGCCUUCAUCUUUGGCUUCCUUAACCGGCUGCGUCGUUCUGAGCACGUCCGUCGGGUGUUCCUCUGGGCUUCUCCUCAGCACCUGCAGCAUCCCCAUGCCGCUUACAUCCUAGCUGGGUGCGAGUACCUUGCAGAACUGGUGUUGCGCCUUGAGACAGACACCAGACUGUCGCUGAUCUCACGCAAGCCAGGUGGAGGGGUGACCAACAAGCGCUAUGCCUGUCAGGUCAGCAAAACCCAGUUCCAGGUGACUCCACUGGAUGGAGGAGGUGGAGGUCUCAGCCCAGUAGGUGGUUCACCUAACAAGCAAGCAUCGCCUGAAGUAGAACAAACACCGGAGCCUGCCAGCAGCACCUUUAAGAUCGAGCUAGACGAAGAUGAGGUGGUGGCCCGCAAUGCACUCACCCUGCCAUAUGAACGCACAAGCGAACCGUCCGAGGGCAACAUAAUUUACACACCCGAUGCCGACGAUGACUUCGACGAGGAGGAUCCGGAUGAGGAUCUCUGCAUCUAAGGGCUGCCUGCCGCCGGCAGCUAAACGGCAGUACAAAAUAGCCUUGGCUUUAAGUCUACAUAAGUCUAACCUACUAAAUACAUCAAGAAUACCUGGAAUUCCGGCCCCAUUUUUCCCCAGGGGUGUUCAACUUUAACGGAGAAGGAGGAGAUUUGAAUCAAUGAAUCUUUGAACGACCACAUAGUACACGUAGAAUUGCUCAUUUAUUAUUUUGGAUAACUUGAUAUGUGAAUCAAAAAAUCGAAGAAAACUGUGAAUGCAAAUGCA